AUGCGAUCGCGUGUCGCCUUCCGACGGAAAGGACGGCUGCAUGCAGCGGCGGGCGUGUCUCCGUUGGCUUUCUUCCAGUGCAUCACCGACCCUCUGCUCGUCAAUGGCGCGGCUCCGCGUGUCGGCACGCCAUUCGUCGCGCCUUCUUACCACCACUCGUCCUGCCUCGGGGGCAGUAACUCAUUAAUAAAGCCACCGCCCAUCGAGGUGCAGGGGAAGGAAGAGAACUCCGUCUCAUUCUCAAGCCUCAGUUCCGCGUGGAUAAGCUCGCGCUGCUCGUGCUCUGCUCUCCCUCCCAGACACACACGCACACGCGCACACACACACUACACACGCUCUCUCUGCUUUGCGAUCUUCUGUACUGAGCUCGCGAGGAGGAAAGCAGCCGCCGCAUCGAUCUCCCUUGACCAUGGCUGCGCGAGCACUGACCGCCGCCGGCCGCCGGGUGGCCGGCCAGACCAGGACGACGCCUCUUCUCGCCUCGUGCAGAAACGGGGCCAGCAUGAACCACUCCUCGGCCACCGCGCGGCGGGAGGAGGAGCAGUACCAGGACGUCCGCACCGCCGCUGCGGCGAUGACGGGGGCGCAGGUGGAGGCCGCGCUGAACCGCAAAAACCUUGGAUAGUACUAAAUGAAGUUUUGACUUCAGAAAAUCAGCCAUGGUGUUCGACGACUUUGGUGCUCAAGUUCCAACAGGAAGGAAACAUAUUAUUUUACCUUCUGGGGACAACGAGGCUUAAGAUUGGCGAUUUCCUCCCAAAUUCAAUAAGACGCCAUCCAGGCGCAGAGCACCCUGAAAGCUGAAUAAAACUGUUGCUUAUUGAUGAUUUGGUGCGGCAUACAAGAGUAUAUAAGAGGAU